AAAAGGAACUCGAGUAAAAUCACCCAUUUGCCUACACCCCAAGUGGAGAGAGCCAUUCCCUGAGCUGCCCCAAGCGCGGGAUGGAAGCAGUCUCCACGGUCUUCCCAGCCUUGGCUGGCCAGGCUCCAGAAGAACAAGCGGAGAUUAUCAGAGUAAAGGUUAAAGAAGAAGACCAUACUUGGGAUCAAGAAUCAGGCCUGCCUAGGCAUUUGUCUUAUACCAGGGAAAUGUCCCGUCAGCGCUUCAGGCAGUUCUGCUAUCAGGAGACACCUGGACCCAGGGAGGCCCUGAGUCAGCUGCGGGAACUUUGCCGUCAGUGGCUGAGCCCAGAGAUACAUAGCAAGGAGCAGAUCCUGGAAUUGUUGGUGCUGGAGCAGUUCCUGACCAUCCUGCCCGAGGAGCUCCAGUCUUGGGUGCGGGAGCAUAAUCCUGAGAGUGGAGAAGAAGUGGUGACUUUGCUGGAAGAUUUGGAGAGGGAGCUUGAUGAACCUAGACAGCAGGUCUCACAGGGCACAUAUGGGCAGGAAGUUCCUAUGGAAGAAGUGACUGCUCUGGAUUCUGCAAAGGCGUCUUUAGGCACCCAGCUUCAGUCUGUGGAAGACAGAAUGGAAUGUGAAUCUCCAGAGCCAUACCCACUUCAAGAUAAUGGGUCAUUUUUGUGGCUUUCCAUGAUGUCUCAAAGCAUGGGUGAUGAUCAUCUCAGUAGCUUAGAUACUAAUGAUGCAGAAAUUGAACUAGAAAACAUGAGAGAAAAGUUCUUCAGAAGCUUAGCAGUGUUACUGGAAAACAAAAGUAAUAACACUAAGAUCUUUUCUAAGGCGAAAUACUGUCAGCUGAUAAAGGAAGUGAAAGAAGCUAAAGCUAAGGCGAAGAAGGAAUCCGUUGACUACCGUCGCUUGGCUAGAUUUGAUGUUAUCCUUGUACAAGGAAAUGAGAAGCUAAUUGAGGCUGUCAAUGGGGAAGCAGAUAAAAUACGGUAUUACUUACACAGUGAGGACUUAUUUGACAUUCUGCACGACACCCAUCUCAGCAUUGGACAUGGUGGACGUACACGCAUGGAGAAAGAGUUACAAGCGAAAUACAAGAAUAUCACAAAAGAAGUUAUAAUGUUAUACCUGACCCUCUGUAAACCAUGCCAACAGAAAAAUUCAAAACUCAAGAAAGUUCUAGCAUCAAAACCAAUUAAGGAAGUUAGUUCAAGAUGCCAAGUAGAUCUUAUAGACAUGCAGUUGAAUCCUGAUGGGGAAUAUAAAUUUAUUAUGCAUUAUCAAGAUCUUCGCACAAAGUUAAGUUUUUUGCGGUCGCUAAAGUCUAAAAGACCAGUGGAAGUUGCACACGCGCUUUUAGAUAUAUUUACAAUUACUGGAGCACCCAGUGUCCUACAGUCUGACAAUGGGAGGGAAUUUUCCAGCCAGGUUGUCAGUGAACUCGGUAAUAUUUGGCCAGAAUUGAAAAUCGUCCAUGGGAAGUCUCAGACCUGCCAAAGUCAGAGUUCUGCAGAACAAACUAAUGAGGAUAUCCGAAAGAGGAUUUUCUCCUGGAUGCAAACUAACAACUCAUCACAUUGGGCUGAAUUUUUGUGGUUCAUUCAGAUGACCCAAAAUCAACCCUAUCACAGAAGCAUGCAACAGACUGCCUGUGAAAGUGCAUUUAGCUCUGAAGCUAAACUGGGCUUGCCCCAUUCUCAGUUAACUGAAGAACUUGUUGCCAGCCUGCAUACAGAAAAUGAGUUAGAUCAGGCUGACAAAGAGUUAGAAAAUACUUUAAGAGCCCAGUAUGAAGAAAACAUUGAGACUGGAACAGAUAGUAGUGAUAUUGAAGAGAAUCUUCCCGUCACCCCUAAGGUGGCUGAAAAAAACCCUCCGGAGAGCAGACUAAGAUUUUUAUCCUGUGUAGUUUGUGAAAAAGAAUGCACAGGUCCUAAUAGUUGUAUAUCAUGUGAUGGAAAUAUCCAUGCAAUUUGUGGAGUGCCCUCUCAACAUGGGACUGAGGGCUGUGGUCGGCAAAUAACUUGUAGCCUUUGCUAUGAAACCAGCACAAUGAAAAGGAAACAUGAUGAGAUUCAGAGAAGUUUGCCUGUUCAACCUUCCAAAAUGCUAAAGCCAUCAGGGACACCAUUUUCACCAGACAAAGUAGGAGAUUGGAUGGCGAAACAAGCUUCACUGGACUUUUUUGUCAAGAAGAGACAUGCCUUUUCUGAACACAGUGGUAGUAAUAAAAGAAAUGGUAACAAUAGGAGUCAUGCUGAAGAAGGGAAAACCAAAAGAGUUCAUGCUAGUUUCACUCGGAAAUAUGAUCCUUCAUAUAUUGAGUUUGGUUUUGUAGCUGUAAUUGACGGUGAAGUACUAAAACCACAGUGUAUUAUUUGUGGAGAUGUACUGGCUAAUGAAGCAAUGAAACCAUCAAAGCUUAAGCGACACUUAUAUUCAAAACAUAAAGAAAUAAGUUCACAACCAAAAGAGUUCUUUGAAAGAAAGAGUAGUGAAUUGAAAAGUCAACCGAAGCAGGUGUUCAACGUUUCUCAUAUAAACAUUAGCGCUUUGCGGGCUUCAUAUAAAGUAGCACUUCCGGUCGCUAAGUCUAAAACGCCAUACACCAUUGCUGAGACCCUAGUGAAAGACUGCAUCAAAGAAGUGUGCUUGGAAAUGUUGGGUGAAUCUGCAGCAAAGAAGGUAGCUCAGGUACCACUUUCCAAUGACACCAUAGCUCGACGUAUUCAGGAACUGGCUAAUGAUAUGGAAGAUCAACUCAUCGAACAAAUAAAACUAGCAAAGUAUUUUUCAUUGCAGCUUGAUGAAUGCAGAGAUAUUGCUAACAUGAUAAUUCUUUUAGUUUAUGUGAGGUUUGAACAUGAUGAUGAUAUAAAGGAAGAGUUCUUUUUUUCAGCCUCUUUGCCUACAAACACAACUAGCUCAGAACUAUACGAAGCUGUAAAGAAUUAUAUUGUUAACAAAUGUGGUUUGGAAUUUAAAUUUUGUGUAGGAGUAUGUUCUGAUGGUGCAGCUGCAAUGACAGGAAAACAUUCUGAAGUGGUAACCCAGAUUAAGGAACUUGCGCCAGAAUGUAAAACAACACAUUGCUUCAUUCAUCGAGAAAGUCUUGCUAUGAAAAAGGUAUCCGCUGAACUACAUAGUGUGCUUAAUGACAUAGUAAAAAUUGUGAAUUAUAUAAAAUCUAAUGCUUUGAAUUCGAGAUUAUUCUCUUUAUUAUGUGAUAAUAUGGAAGCUGAUCAUAAGCAGCUGUUAUUGCAUGCUGAGAUACGGUGGUUAUCACGGGGAAAAGUUCUGUCAAGAAUGUUUGAAAUACGAAAUGAACUCUUAGUGUUUCUGCAAGGCAAGAAACCUGUUUGGUCCCAACUUUUUAAAGAUGUGAAUUGGACAGCCAGACUUGCUUAUUUGUCUGAUAUCUUCAGUAUUUUUAAUGAUCUUAAUGCUUCUAUGCAAGGGAAGAAUGCAACUUAUUUUUCAAUGGCAGAUAAAGUUGAAGGACAAAAACAAAAGUUAGAAGCUUGGAAAAACAGAAUUUCUACAGAUUGUUAUGACAUGUUCCAUAAUUUAACAACAAUUAUCAAUGAAGUAGGUAAUGAUCUUGAUAUUGCACGUCUACAAAAAGUUAUCAGUGAACAUCUUACAAAUUUGUUAGAAUGUUUUGAAUUUUAUUUUCCUUCAAAAGAAGAUCCACGCAUAGGAAAUUUGUGGAUCCAAAAUCCAUUUCUUUCAUCAAAAGAACAGCAACCAGGGAGGAUUCAAAGAUGGGUCAAGAGACGCUAAGUACUUCACUUUCUAAAGAAAUCUGACGACGACUAGAAUCAGAAGACGCCACCACUCACUGACCCCAUGCUCCGCAUCCAGACAUAACUGGAAGGAUGACUAAGAAGUGGUAGAACUAGCUCUCAACAUGGUACUUUCUGCCAAGAGAAUCACUGGCAGUGAUUGAUGAUGCCUUCAGGAAGGAGACUUGUAUUUCCAGAUUGGGUGUUAAUUUAGGCAGCAAGCUUGUUCAUCUGCUUUCUGCCUACUUGAUCAGGAAAAUAAAAGGGACAGUGGGGUUGGGAAGAGAGGUAAUUAGAUUUGCAGUAGUUCAGUCUGUAUCCUCACAACUUGGGGUGGCAAAGAUAUGCAGGUUUCCUGUGGAUCAGGUGACACCAAGGAAUGCAAUUAAAUCUGACCUCUCAGCUAGUGUCGCAUUCAGGAAAACUGUCCUCCAGCCUGGAGAACUCUCCAACAAAGCCUGUGGGCAUUUGUAGCUAUUGAAACUGAAGGAGGUGAAGUAAGUUAGGUGAUCUAUCCCUAUGUUUGUGGGUAAGGCCCCACAAAUAUCUUGGAGAAUUCUCACAUGCUCCCCAUGAAAGAAUGAGAAAGCUUAAAUUCUGGGGCUUAGAGGGCUAAUUACCAAUUUAAGCCUCGUGUGUGUGUGUGUGUGUGUGUGUCUGCGUGUGUGUGUGUGUGUGUGUGUGUGUGUGUGUGUUUGAGGUCUUUAGCCCUGGUAAGGGGAAGCAGGACACAAGAGGAAAUUGCAGCUGAGGGGCCUGAUGGCCUGUGCAACUUUAUACCCAGAUUCCUCUAUAUUGCCCCAGCCAUCUGGGUGUAAGACCACUUCUCCUUCAACUCCGGUGGUGAGAAGCUGGAGAAAGAACCAAAGUGAGGGGGAGACCCACGGUGGGGCUUUUAUGGCAGAGAGAGGAGCGUAACGAUUACUUGAGUGGUAUCAGUGGUGCAGUCAAACUCUGGGCUUUUGGAGUUUAGCUCUUCUGGUUUGGCAGGCUGCUUAGAUACUUCAGAGACAAAAGAAUCUUAAGUCAGGUUCUGAAAGGAUCCCUGUUAGAAAAGUGUCCCCUUCUCUGAUAUGACCAUGUACUUUCUGGAGUGAAUCUCUCCUGAAUAGCUUCCAGAAUGUCUUUGCCUGUGUUUAUCAAGAUAGAAAGAUUGUGAAAGUUCCAAACAUUAUACAAUUAGAAAUGAGUAUGGUAAAGAAUAAGACAUUUCUUUACUGAUUUAAAGACCAUACUGUGUGCUUGGUAUUCUGAUGUGUUAAAUUGAAUUUACGAUCAAUUUGUUAUUAUGAUUGAAAGAGUUAAAGUUGUUUUGAUAAUCAAAUCUUGGGCUUAUUAAAA